GAAUCAAGGAAAUCAUCAAGGAAAGUGCAGAGAAGCGCGCCUGUGCCUCCGCUAGCGCUCUUGAGGAGUUCCGAUUUCCAAGACGACUUGGGCGAAAACGUUUUUGCGCGCUUCGUAGCCUGGAGCUGUGUCACAAUCCAGAAAUUAAGAAACGGGCGAGGUCCGAAGGUUGGGGUCCGAGGAUUUCUUAAUUGCGAUGUGUUCGUGCGGGACUGAGUGGUUUUGAGAUGCGGGCAGACGAAACGAACAGGUUUUCCAUCUUGUCUUCGUUUUGUUGACCGUGCGGUAGUGGCUCUCAGUGCUUGACCUGCGUUGCGUUGCUUUCAAGGUUACGAGCUCGACGAGGGAUGAUUUCGGCCGGAGAAGUGCUACCCCUGCGCUGUUCGAAAUUCCAGUCGUAUACGGUUUGGAGAUGAAGAAUCACUUCAUUUUGCUGGAGGGGUCGCUAGAAGGUGUUGUGGACAUUUUAUGAAUGUGCGAGUGGACGAGCGCGGCCAGGUUUUCGGGGAAGCAAGCGUGCUUGAGAAAUGUAGCACGAAGCUCUGAACCUUGUGGACGAACUAUUUUUAUUAAAGAGUACCAAAAGUCACACAGGUUUAGAAGUCUGUUCGAAGGGAAGCGAAGUGAUGCAAAAUUCUUUUGAGUUUUGCAUCACCUUCUUCUACGGGUAACAUAGAGCUAGAAGAUAUCAGAAAACUGUAGUGGGAGUUCGCAGUACAGUUGAAUCAUGUAUUGAAGGUCUGAAGGCCGAGCGAAUGACGGUUGGUUGGGGAAAGUGACGAAGCUAGGAACAUGGAUGGGCUCGACGAGGAUAAGGAGGAUGAAGACCGAAGUGUCGUAGCAAUCAUUAAUCUCCACUCGGCUCCCUAUCCUUUCCAACAGAAGAUGAACCAAUCGUAUGGUUUGAAAUUGCUAUGGACCUUCUUGAAUGCCAGAACUGGGUGUUGGCGAAGAGCACAUUGUGCAGUUGCAGAUCGUUUUGCACAACGCCAUACUGGUGAAACAUGCAGUCCACAAGAAUCAAGCGUCGAUGACAGUCUGGACUUACCUCGGAGUCGGAAAAUGAAUUUUGGGGUUUGGAAAUUCUCCGUAGCGAAUCUGAAACAGGAGAGUCUGAGAGAAGAAACGCUUGGAGUUGAAGUGAUACAAGAAGGAAAAAUAACUCACAGCGAAGUCGAUUAUCUCUUAAAUCGCGCAGUUGAUAUUGAGUUCAGAGAAAAUGGGAUUUGUUCUAACGAAUCAUCAAGAGCUUAUCCUCUAGUUAAAUCUUCGAGAAACUAGCUCGAAGUGAGUCCCGGAGAUUUAGAAGACCAGAUCGACUCGGGGUGGCAGAAAAACAUGAACACACCGCGACAAAAGGCAAAUUUUUCAACGGAAAUUGGGUCUUAGUUGGAAAAUUGACGAAAGUUUCGUCAGAUUUUGGAGGAAUUUGUAAAAAAUCAUUAGGCGCUCGCAAGAUCGCUGAUAUGUCGUUGACA